GAGAGCAGGAAGGUGAUUUGUCCAGAGUCACGCGGAUUACUGGUCAGAGCGUGUGUCAUAAAGUUGGAAGGGCCUGGGAGUCCCGCCUCUAGUCAAGGUGCUUUCCAGGAAGAAAGGGGAAAUGCUAUGCUGACACCACCAUCUUUACACCAGAGCUGUCCAUCGGCUUUCUGUCUUCCCAGGAUUCCUAGAAAUUUCUGGUUAGAGAAGCUGUCUGUGUUCACAUUGGUGCAGAGGAAGCCAAGACCACAGAAAUGACUGAGUCCUGUGUGAAGAAGCUGUCCUGCACUCUGCUGGAUGCCAUUACAGACAAGGACCCCAUGGUGCAGGAGCAGGUCUGCAGUGCUCUGUGCUCCCUCGGGGAGGUGCAGCCAGAGGAGAUGCUCUGUGCCUGUGAGGAGUACCUGCGGCAGCACGACAAGCUGGCACAUCCAUACCGGGCGAUGGUACUGAGGACCAUGGAGAUGGUCCUGCGCAACCACACCAGCAAGCUGGACAAGGACACGGCUAACAUCAUCAUCCUCCUGGCCUCUAGCGAGAUGACCAGGACAAAGGAGCUGGUUUGUGGCUGGCAGCAGGCUGCGAGCAGUGUCCUCGUGGCCGUGGGGCAGCACUUCAUCAACAGGGUGAUGGAGGAGAUGCUGAGCAGGUUCCAGCCCGGGGCUCUGCCACACUGUUCUGUCGUGCGGACGUUUGCCAGCCUUGCAGUUUCCAACGUGUUUGGCAUGGUCCCUUUCCUGCCAUCCAUCCUGAGCACCAUGCUGCCCAUGCUGGGCAUGGCCAAACAGGACGAGUUGAGGGUGGCCUUCUGCUCCGCCCUGCAGCACUUCAGUGAGAGCACCCUGGAGUAUCUGGCCAACCUGGACCAAGCCCCAGACCCCACAGUCAGGAAGGACACCUUUGCCACCGACAUCUUCAGUGCCUAUGACAUUCUUUUCCACCACUGGCUACAGAGUCGAGAACCCAGGCUCCGGCUUGCUGUAGUGGAGGCUCUGGGGCCCAUGAGCCUCCUGCUGCCUAGCGAGAAGCUGGAGGAGCAGCUUCCCAAGCUCCUCCCUGGGGUCCUCGCCCUCUAUAAGAAGCAUGCAGAGACCUUCUACGUGUCCAAGCAGAGCCUGGGCCAGAUCCUUGAGGCGGCCGUGAGUGUGGGAAGCCGCACAUUGGAGGUCCAGCUCGAUGCUCUUCUGGCCGCUCUGCAUGCUCAGAUUUGUGUGCCUGUGGAGUCCUCGAGCCCCCUGGUGAUAAGCAACCAGAAGGAGGUGCUGCGCUGCUUCACCGUGUUGGCCUGCUGCGCACCUGGCCGCCUGCUAGCCUUCCUGCUGCCUAGGCUGGACACCAGCAAUGAGAGGCUCCGCGUGGGCACCCUGCAGGUCCUGAGACACGUCAUCAACUCGGCUGCUGCUCAAAUGGAAGUUCAGAAGCCUUUUAUUCUCUCUUCCAUGAGGCUUCCUCUUCUGGACCCCAGCAGCAAGGUGAAGCAGGCUGUGGUGCAGGUGAUCAGUGCCAUGGCCCACCAUGGCUACCUGGAGCAGCCUGGAGGUGAGGUGAUGAUCGAGUACCUGGUGCAGCAGUGCGCGCUGCCUCCCGAGCAGCAGCCUGAGAAUCCAGGCCCCGACAGCAAGGACCUCUCAGCCGAUGGUGUGCAGGCCAUGAGCAUCCGCACGCUCUACCUGGUCAGCACCGCCGUGGACCGGAUGAGCGACGUCCUCUGGCCGUACCUGCUGGAGUUCCUCACCCCUGUGCGCUUCACCGGGGCCCUGACUCCACUCUGCAGGAGCCUCGUGCAUCUGGCGCAGAAGAGGCAGGAGGUGGGGGCCGACACCUUCCUCAUCCAGUAUGAUGCCCAUGUGAACCUUCCUUCUCCCUACGCUGUAACCACAAGACUCCUGGUUGUGUCUUCCAACCCCUACCUGGGGGAUGGGCGUGGGGCAGCCUCGCUGCGUCUCCUCAACGUUCUGCAUCGUAGCAUUCACCCUUUGCUGGGUCAGCAGUGGGAGACAACCAUCCCCCUGCUGCUGGGGUACCUAGAUGGUGAGGCCCUGUGGGGUUCACAAUAUACUGAGGAAACCCUGCCACGGAAGGAGUGGGAGGAAAAGCUGUUGAUGUUCCUGCGGGACACCCUGGCUACUAUCUCUGACAACACGUGGACCUGCCAGCUGAGCCUGGAGAUGUGCAAGCAGCUGCCUUGCUACAACGGGACGCCCCAGGAGAAGCACUUCCUGUACAAAUGCAUAGGAACCACCCUGGGUGCUGCUUCAAGUAAGGAAGUGGUGAGGAAACAUCUUCAAGAACUGCUGGAAACAGCCAGAUACCAGGAGGACACAGACCGUGAGGGCCUUGCCUGUUGCUUUGGGAUCUGUGCCACCUCCCACCUCGAGGACACCCUGGCCCAGCUGGAGGACUUUGUAAGGUCUGAUGUGUUUAGAAAAUCCGUUGGCAUUUUCAACAUUUUUAAGGACAGAAGCGAGAAUGAGGUAGAAAAAGUGAAGAGUGCGCUGAUCCUGUGUUACGGGCACGUGGCAGCACAGGCCCCCCGCGAGCUGAUGCUGGCCAGGGUGGAGUCAGACAUCCUCCGGAACAUGUUCCAGUACUUCAGCACCAAGGUUCUGGGAAUAAAGGUAGAAACCAAGGAUCCAGCCCUGAAGCUAUGCCUCGUCCAGAGCACGUGCAUGGUCAGCCGUGCCAUCUGCAGCAGUGCGCAGGCCAGCUCCUUCCACUUCUCCAGGAAAGCAGAGCUGGUGGCACAGAUGAUGGAGUUCAUCAGAGCAGAGCCCCCAGACUCCUUAAGGACACCUGUUCGAAAGAAAGCCAUGCUCACCUGCACUUACCUGGUCUCCCUGGAGCCGGCAUUGGGGGAGCAGGCCCGGGCAGACGUUAUCCAAGGCUGCCUGCACAGUGUCAUGGCCCUGCCGCCUGAGUCCCAGGGUGAGGACAGCGGCUGCCAGGAGGCCCUGUAUCUGGAUACGGUGCGUGCCCUUGAGGAUUUGCUGACGAGCCUCCUGCAGCGGGACAUGACCCCUCAGGGCCUGCAGGUCAUGGUCGAGCACCUGAGCGCAUGGAUCAAGUCCCCGAGGGGCCAUGAGCGGGUGCGGGCCCUGGGCCUGAGCAGCUGUCUGCUGCGGUACUUCCUGGAGCACCUGCAUGUCAGUGCCCUGGUACCCUUCCACAACCUGGGCCUCCUUGUUGGCCUCUUCUCCCCACGGUGCGCGGACCUGUGGCCUGCCGCCCGCCAGGAGGCCGUGGGCUGCGUCUACUCCCUGCUCUACCUCCAGCUGGGCUAUGAGGGCUUCUCCCGAGACUACCGUGAUGACACAGCUGAGCGGCUCCUCACCCUCAAGGAUGGCCUCAUGCACCCAGACCCGGCCGUCCUCUUCCACACCUGCCACAGCAUAGCCCAGGUUAUUGCCAAGCGCCUCCCGGCGGAUCAGCUCAUCAGCCUCUUGCUUACCAUGUUUGAGGGUCUGGGGGACCCCGACAAGAACUGCUCCCAGGCCGCCUCGGUCAUGGUCAACUGCCUGCUGCAGGAGCGGGGUAGCGCACUGCUGGAGAAGGUGCCUGAGAUCGUGAGCGUGUUGCGCUCCAAGCUGCAGGAGACCCAGGAGCACAUCCUGCCAGCCACCCAGCACAGUGUGUACCUCCUGGCAUCCCAGCACUGUGCAGCCGUGGUGUCCAGCCUCCUGGGCAGCCCCCUGCCCUUUGACAGCCACACGUGCAUGCUCUGGCGGGCCCUGGCCGUGGAACCCAGCCUUGCCACCCAGGUCCUGGGGCUACUUCUGGAGAAGAUGGGCAGAGAUGUCCCAUUCAAGGAGAGCCGGGCCUUCCUGCUAGGCAGCACCCCUGACCGCGUGGCCACGCUGCUGCCCCUUUCGGCCACCUGUGCGCUGCAUGAGGUUGUGUCCGCCCCAGCAUCAGGGCCUGCGGUACUCGAGCUCUACCCGCAGCUGUUUGUGGCGCUCCUGCUGCGUGUCAGCUGCACUGUGGGUGUCCAGCUGCCCCGGAACCUGCAGGCCAAGGAGAGGAGGGGCACCAGCCCGGCCCAGGCCUCCAGGAACCUCAAGCCCUGCAGCUCUGCAGUGGACGCCCUACAGGCCAUGCUGCUCCGAGGCGGCAGUGAGGAUGUGAUGCAGGACAUGGAGUUGGAGGGUGGCUGGGAGCUGCUCAGGACCUCAGCUGGGCACGAGGAGGGGACCACCCGGUUGGCCAGGGCCAUGACCAAGUAUGCAGGCCCCCGACUGCCCCUGGUGAUGAAGGCACUCAUUGGCACACAGAACAGUGCGUAUGAGAUCCAGAGGGUCACCUCCACAGCCUUCCUGGCUGAGUUGCUCAGCAGCAACGUGGUCAACGACCUGAUGCUUCUGGAGUCGCUGCUGGACAGCCUGGCAGCACGGCAGAAGGACUCGUGUGCCAGUGUGCGGCGGCUGGUGCUCCGAGGCCUGGCCAAUCUUGCCUCAGGCUCACCUGACAAGGUGCGGGCCCACGGCCCCCAGCUCCUGACGGCCAUGAUCAGUGGGCUGGACGACGGGGAUGACCCGCACAGCCUGGUGGCCCUAGAAGCCAUGGUGGGCCUCUCGCGGCUGCUGCCCCUGGUGGAACCCUGGGACCUGCACUCGGUGCUGCUGCACGUUGCCAUCCGUGUCCGGCCCUUCUUUGACAGUGUGGAGGGGGCUACAGUCUAUGAGGUGAUGCCUGCCCCCCAGGAGAAAAUGGAGGUCCGGACAGCGUCCAUCCGCCUCUUCGGGCACCUGAACAAGGCCUGCCACGGAGACUGUGAGGAUGUCUUCCUGGACCAGGUCGUCAGUGGGUUGGUGCCCCUGCUGCUGCACCUGCAGGACUCUCAGGCCCCUGUGGCCAGCGCCUGCAGGUUUGCCCUGCACAUGUGUGGCCCCAACCUAGAGUGUGAAGAACUGUCGGCCACCUUCCAGAAGCACCUGCAGGAAGGCCGGGGCCUGCACUUUGGCGAGUUCCUCAAUACCACCUGCAAGCACCUGAUGCGGCACUUCCCCGACCUGCUGGGUCGCCUGGUGAGCACCAACCUGUUCUACUUCAAGAGCAACUGGGAGGACAUCCGUGCUGCCGCCCCCAUGUUCACGGGGUUCCUGGUGCUGCACGCGGAGCUCAGACAUCGGCCCCAGGUGGACCUGGAGCAGCUCCUUGUGGCUCUCCAGCUGCUGCUGAAGGACCCGGCCCCUGCAGUGCGAGCAAAGGCUGCCGAAGCCCUGGGCCGCCUGGUGAAGUUCGCAUGAAGCUCUGGCCAGCGUGCCCCCCACAAGCAAUACCCCCCGUGCGGGCCUGUACCGCCUGA